CGAUACCACAUGCUCUACGCGCGUGCGCCGCCUCGCGCACGUCGGAGGAGCUGAGUUGGAGGAUCAUGGCGGAGCGCAGGAGACACAAGAAACGGAUCCAGGAGGUGAGCGAGCCCACCAAGGAGGAGAAGGCGGUGGCCAAGUACCUCCGAUUCAACUGCCCCACCAAGUCCACGAGCAUGAUGGGUCACCGGGUCGACUACUUCAUUGCUUCCAAGGCAGUGGACUGUCUGCUGGACUCCAAGUGGGCCAAGGCUAAGAAGGGAGAGGAGGCGCUGUUCACCACCAGGGAGUCUGUGUUGGAUUACUGCAACAGACUUCUAAAGAAGCAGUUCUUCCACCGAGCUCUCAAAGUGAUGAAGAAAAAGCCUGAGAAAGACGCUAAGAAAGAGAAAGAGAAAGAGAAGUCCAAGGGCGACAGCAGCAAAGAGGAGGAGAAAAAAGGGAAGAAGGAGAAAGAGAAGAAGAAAGAGUCUGAGGCUGCUGAAACAAAGAAAGAGAAGAGCGAUGACAGUCCUGGAACCCCCAAGAAGAAGAAAGAAGUGAAGAAGAAGUUCAAACUGGAGCCUCACGAGGAUCAGCUAUUCCUGGAUGGAAAUGAGGUUUACGUGUGGAUUUAUGAUCCUGUCCAUUUCAAGACAUUUGCCAUGGGACUGAUCCUGGUCAUUGCAGUGAUCGCGGCCACACUGUUCCCACUGUGGCCAGCGGAAAUGCGUGUAGGAGUUUACUAUCUAAGUGUUGCUGCAGGCUGCUUUGUCGCCAGUAUAUUGCUCCUAGCUGUCGCCCGCUGCAUCCUCUUCCUGAUCAUCUGGCUGGUGACCGGCGGGCGCCAUCACUUCUGGUUCCUCCCCAACCUGACGGCAGACGUUGGUUUCAUCGACUCGUUCAGGCCGCUCUACACUCACGAGUACAAAGGGCCACGAGCCAGCAACAAGAAGGGUUCAGACAAGACCGACGAGAAGGACAGCGCCGCCUCGGCCAAGACUCAGAAAUCGGACAGUGACGAGAAGUCAGACAGUGAGAAGAAGGACGGCGAUUACGAAGAGGAGGAGGAAGAGGAGGAGAGCAAAGAGGCGGGGCGAGAGGAGAGUAAAGAAGCGGAGAGGGAGCGCCACUCAGACACAGACAGCGACCGUCGUGAGGACGAAGGCUCGCAGCACAGCAACGGAAACGACUUUGAGAUGAUCACUAGAGAGGAGCUGGAGCAGCACACGGAGGAGGAAGAAGAGGAGGAGGAGGAGGAAGAGGAGGAAGACGAAGAGACGCAAGAGAGGAAAGAAGAGGGUGGGAGUGAGACUAAACCCCAGACUGCUGAAACAUAAACUUCUUACAAUCCCAUCACUCUCUACUUUUCUCUCUCUGUCCUUCCCUCCCUCCUUGCUGUGAUCCAGGACCUGAUGGUCCGGUCUCUCUGAGCCCGCUGAGGCCCUGGAGAGCCUCCAUCUCUUCUUGUUUAGAUCUUCCACUAAACAGUACCGAUAGACCAGAACCGGGAUAGACGUAACGCUGAAAAGUUAAAGGCUACGACAAUGGGGGGAAAAAUGUAAAAAUUAUUUAAAAAAAUAAAAUUAAAUUAAAAAGUAUAAAAAUUAAAAAAAAAAAAAAAAAGAAGAAGAAGCCUUAUGGUGGAUCUGAUUCCUCCGACCCAAAUGUUAUUUAUGUUAAAAUGAAAACUGCCACCGGACAUGUUUGCCUGAGGAAGUUGUCAACAGCCAUCAGACCAACAACACAACUUUUUUCUCGGUUUCUCGUUAAGUUGCUUUUUUUCUUCGCGUCACUUCAACUCAGUGUUUUAUUUAUGUCCCGUCUUUGCUUUCAUGUGGAUGCUUUGUAAAGUGAGGUCGAAUCUAGAUCUAGAUCCAGAGGGAGAGCUAUUGUGCUAAAAUGACCAGUAAGAAAAGAUGUGCUGGUUUCUCUGCCCCGUUUUUGUGUUUUUUUUUCCUUGUCGUCUUUGAGCUCCAUGUCGAUAAUACAAUCACUGUAGCUCUGGAGAUAGACAGAAGGCCCCUUUUCUUUCACCUUGUUUUUUUUUUUUUUUUUUAAUUUCUUUUCUUUUCAGGAGCACGCUUCACAUCCUGUCGAACGCCAGCAAGUCUGAUAGCUUUCUCAGGCAGCACUUAAAGCAAACUGACCAGCGGGUUUGCUUUGAAACAAAACCGGAUGGACCAAAUCCUGUAGUUUACUAAAAACUAGAUAAAUAAAUAAAAACAUUGACCAUAUUGUGGCUGGAUAGAGUAUUUGGAGAACAGAAUAGUGCGGCUCUUUGAGGUACUCGUCAUUGUCAGUAAUAAUUUUUUUUUUUUUUUAAGUUAACGGCAGGUGAUCAUAGUGCAAUCCUCUCACAGUCUGAAGUACUUCUAGUUCAUGUUUAAUGACGUGGGACUCAUCUUUAAGAGUAAAUGUGAGCAACUGGGACACAGCUGGCGCACUUAAUUUUCUUUUUUGGAAAAAGAUUGCAGCAUUUGAUUUAUUUAUACAACAUUGAUUUAUUUGCAAACAGAACUAGAUUAAAAGUGAAGCGAACUCUAGUGCCAAACACAGCUAAUAACAAUGUUAUGCAUGCUGAUUUAAGAUGGAGUGUGAGAUCGAGGGGUACAUUUUGUUAAUUCGUUCGUUUUGUAACCGCAAUGUCGAACUCCUCAAACCUCUCACAUCUUUGACAAAAUAAAGAGGAAAAAAAAGCACAUUGUUAGUGUGUAGCUAAACAAAGAUUUUUGGUCUCAAUGAAACCGUUUAAAGGUGUUUCGCACUAGACUCACAUCCAAAUCAGUCUGGUCUAGUCUCGCACAAGCCGUCGUGUGGAAAAAGCAGGUGUUCAUGAAUCCAGCUCCGCCGACUGGUACAAGCUCGACAGUUUGGUUCCCAGUCAGAGCCCAGUACCUGGCGGCCUCGGUCCAAGCUGUUCCUUCACAUUAUCUUCAGGCUAGAAAAUGUCCUAGAUGCUCUUUUUAGUCAUAGUAAGGAUUAUAUUUAAGUAUAAAAAGUAGAAAUGUAUCAUUUAUAUAUGGAUUCUAUUGAUAUAUCAAAUAUAUACAUACAAUACUUACAGUCUAAGGAACUAUAAAACAGCUUUUCUCCUCCUUUUCUUUUGUAUUGGGAAUAAUAAUUAAGUGUUUAUAAUACAUUUUUGUUUUUAUACGAUCAUCAAGAGUGUACUCAUUUAAGUGGUAACGUGAGAUUAGAAAACCGUGGGAAUUUAUUACAUUUAUUAGAUAUCAGCAUCUUUGUUCAUUUUGUUUUUGACACUGGCCUCAGUAACGUCGAAUGUGUGAGCUGGUCGGUUUCUCGGGCGCUGCCAAAUGGUUAGUCAUUAACCCGAGGUUAUAAAACCAGCGGCUUGUGUAAUACAGAGUGACCUGCCAUUUCCCACAUAAUCUGAUGUGGCAAAAACAAUAUUUUAAUAUAUUCCAUACACUUUCUGUCCAGUUGUCCUGAAAAUGAACUCAUCUCAACUGUAUUUAGCAGUUUGUUCUCCUGUAAUCCCACUGAGGUUUGUAGCUCUUUGACUUUCUAACUCACACACUACCAUGUUGUUGCUCUUGUUUGUUUUCUAAUAUCUUUGGAGUUUGUUUUUUCCUUCCCCAAAUGGGCAAAGUGCAUCUCUGUGUCCUCUGGGGUGUCAGUGGCUCAAUAUUGGCAAAAAGCAUUUCACAAAAGAGAGAAAAUAAAUUAUUCUCCCAAUUGUUCUUGACUGUUGCACAGUAUCGGUCUGUUGUAUAUUGUAUUAUCUCUAUGCUGCUGCUUCUCAUCACACAUUUCUGGGGGAAAUAAAAGUGAAAUUGUAAAACAUC